GUAUCCUGGGCAGGCGCAAAAUUUCGGCUGUGUCGACGUUGAGCCAUCUUGCGGUCACCUUCGGUGUGUGUAGUUUCGACCGAAAUUUCCAGUAUCUGUCCGGAAGCUUCAGACGCCCUUCGACGCUAUGGGUUUCGGCGAUUACCCCCUGGAGUAUAAUCGUAAUGUUCACGGACCAUACGAUCCGAGUCGUUAUUACGGGAAGCCGGACACCAAGUUCAGUGACCUCAAACUUUCUGAAAUACCCGCAUGGAUAGGACGGCGUAAUAAGAGUCCGCAAGCGGCGGCAUCGAUGAUUUCCCGUGCUUAUUGGAGGUGGCAAAUCAAGUAUCUGCUACCCAGGCGGGCGACUCCGGCUCCUUACUAUCAAUUCAUCGUUGGGUCUAUGCUCCUCUUCUACUACAUCAACCAUCAUAGAUUGGCUGAGCACACGCGAUACAAAUAUCACUAAGAAUUCGAACAAGCUGACCGAUGACAGAGCUGCAAAAUCUUGUGUAGGGCACUAUUCAUGCCCCGUCGAAGAGAGAUAUAAAAAGCUCGGAGAUGUUUUAGUCGUA